AUGGAGGAAGAAUUAACCCAGCCAUGUAAAGACCCCUCCUUCAUUCCUUCCACAUAUCCUCCACCUCCUACUACUCCAGCAUUUGUUUUCAGGCCAAUUACUGAUGAUCCUGGUUAUGAAGCUACUCAACUUCUCGCUCAAGCAGAUCGCCCUGGCAAUGUCAAUUCUGGUUUGACCGAUGAAGAUGCUGCAGAAGUCGUUUGCAUUCUGCAUCCUGAUUCCGAACCUGCGCGCAAUGCUUGCUCUGAUAUUAAUAAGUUAAACCCAAAUAAUACAAUCAGCCUUGAAGGUGACACUUCCGACUUAGCAGCACAAGGUCUGUUUCCAUGCGACUUGGCACUUCGACUAUCAGCCAAUUUCAAAGACAUCAAUCUGGGCUGGGUUUUUGGUCGAAAUGAGGAACGAUGCGACUUUUUGCUAAGAGGAGCUGAACGUAAGAUUAGCAAUCAACAUUUUCGUGUUUACCUCAACGAACAUGGUGUCCUCAUGCUGGAAGAUAUGUCUACCAACGGUGUCUCAGUUGAUGGUACUGUACUUCGAUAUAAGCAAAAAGAUGAUGGCAAGCCCUACCGACACACUAUACAAAACGGAAGUGUCCUCGCCCUUGCUGUAUCCACCGACAAACCCAGCAAUUUCCAUUUUAUCGUUCGGGUACCUCAGCGUAAUGAAGAAGCCCAAGACGCUUUUGACAAAAACUUUGCCCAUUACAUGCGUCGAGUCCGAGAAGCUCAAAUUCAACGCGGCAUUGUGGUUAGUGAGACUAGACAACCACUUAAUCUCUUCCCAAAUGCUGCCAAUCGAGGUGCAAGCUCUUCGUCAAUGAUUAGAAAGCGACGAGAGUGGAAAGGUGGCCCAAAAUACAAUAAGAUCGACGUGAUUGGAAAGGGUGCUUUUGCCGUUGUUUAUAGAAUAACCGACAAACGAACUGGAGUUCCAUUUGCUGCCAAGGAGCUUGAGAAGAGAAAGUUCAUGAAGAAUGAUGGAGUCCAAAAGAUCGAUACGGAGAUGAACAUCAUGAGGAAGAUCCACCACGAUAAUGUGGUUCGAUUCGUCGAAUGUAUCGACUGGGGUGAUUAUCUAUACCUUGUCAUGGAGCUUGUACCUGAAGGAGAUCUUACAGGCCUCGUUACACAGUGUCAUCACCUUCCGGAGUCUGCAGUCAAGGCCAUAACUCUUCAGCUACUGAGCGCAUUGAAAUAUCUCCAUACAUUAAAUGUCACUCAUCGCGAUAUCAAGCCUGACAAUAUCUUAUGUCAGAGUCGCAACCCAAUCCACGUCAAAUUGACCGACUUCGGCUUGUCAAAGAUGGUUGACACGGAAGACACAUUUUUGAGCACUUUCUGUGGCACAUUGUUGUAUUGUGCACCGGAGGUUUACAAUGAAUAUAGGCAAUAUGAACCUACAGGCCAAAGAACCAAUCGACUUCAUAACAGCGCGAUAACACAGCAGAGAUAUGAUCACGCCGUCGAUAUUUGGUCGCUCGCUGGAGUACUCUUUUAUUCAUUCUGUGGAACCCCUCCGUUUCCCCUGGGAAAUACCACACAUUAUGCGCAACUGCUCCAGAAAAUCAUGACGACACCUUUAGAUGUCAGACCUUUACAAAAAGUUGAUGUAUCAGAUUAUGGAAUUAGUUUCGUGAUAAAAAUGCUUCACGUUCAUCCAGAACAUCGCGCUACUAUCGAAGAUUUAGAGCAAAGUCCUUGGUUGACCGGGAACAAAUCAGACCCAGACGAAACAGAGGAUGAAGACAUCGAGGAGCUUGAGCUACCUGCUUCUCAAUUGAGUUUGCUAGACAACCCCGAGAGUGAAGGUGAAAGUGACGACUCUGGCGCGGACACGAAUAAGUUCCGAGAUCGCGAGACUUCGAGUAGCUUCAGCACUAAUAACUCAGACAUUGAAAGAUUUGUGGAACUCGAAAGUUCAAUUCUGAGUAAUGUGGGUGCAAACACCUUAAGCGCUGAAAAUCUUGUAGGACAAGAAAGUUAUGAGUUCAUCCGAAAUACUAGGAAUGAUGGUCGCCUAUAUGGGGAAGUGGAAGCGGAUUCGUCUGCUUUGGAAAGCUCUGGGGCUGUACCGUUGGAUCAAGCGGACCUCCCAACUCCAAUUCACCACAUCAAAAUCAACCACCCUCGACAGUUUUUAGAACAAAACGGUACUCAACCAGUCGCAAAAUUCAAAGCUCGUCUUGAAGCUGUGAGUGCCAUGCCAAAGACACCGCCCCCACCCCCACCUUCAAAUCGUCCACGUAUUGUAACUCAAGUUACGAGGUACGUAAACAACGGAGUUACUCAAGCGUCAAGCCUUAUGGGUGCUGUAUCUCAGUUGGGUCAUUUGCAGAUGAAUUCUCCAUCAAUGUCACCAACUGAAAUCUCAGCGCCGCAGCUCUUACUUCCUGCUCAUGGCCAGACCGCCAAUACUAGUCUUCGACGACCCCGAGAAGAUGGUUGGUAUCCCACUGAUCUUCCGCCGCAGAAACGACACAAAUCCUCGCGAGCAUUCGACUUGAUGAUACCACCAGAAACAUUUUGGGACCCUAGAGAUCCGUCGACUCAUCACAGAAAUUACCCUCCCAUGUCGGCGAUGGAAUAUCAUCGAUUUUUCAAGCUUGCUGAGUCAAAGGGAGAAAAGUUCCAGCAUGGUUACACAAUAUUUGACCAUGCGAUGGUUAGCUUUAGAAGUAGUAGUAAGACUCCUUCUAUGGUAACUAGUACAUCUUUCCGGGCUCAAUCUGAACCCUUGGCCGAAGACACACAGAAUCAUCCACGAUUGGCGCGCGAUGAACGAAGACUCAGUGACGAUGCUUCUAUGCAGCAGAGCAUAGCUUCUAGGGAUAGUGUGUCUAUCACCAGCCAUGCAUUUCGGCCCCAGGUAGCGCAAUAUCCCGGAAUUUCUUCGACAGUCAAUACCAGUACGACGAGGAAUGAUACCACAGAGACUCCUACAAUCGAGACUGAAGGAACAACAGUUGUAGACUCAGAAAUUGAUUCUGCUGCAGGAAAUGAUUUAGUUCCGAAGCGCGUACUUGCGAAGUUUUCUGCUACUCCAGAUUCUUACUUACCAACCAUCGCUUUUAAUAUCACGGAAGCUUUCACAUCUUGGGGUCGCGGAUUUUGCAAUACUAUCAGAUACACGACUCGCGACGAAGUCCGAGUAGGUGUUCCAAGAUACGCGUUUAAGCUUUUGCUAUUUAAGAAUGAUUUCUAUCCUUCUGAUGGAAGAUAUACGGAAGAAUGGAACAAGAUCCGCGGUGACGAAGAAGGUUUCAGAUACUUAAUCUCCACCAAAUCCACAGCUGGUCUUGCAAUAAAUGGCGUCAGUCUUCCAAGUCACGCUAGCAAUGAACCGUUGUCCGAAUCGAAGUAUUGGGGAGAAAUUCGCAACGGCGACAUCGUUACGCUUAGUGUUCAAAGCAGCCUGUUGUUGAAACUCAAAUUCGAAUGUUUCUGGGGUAUGGGCAAAUAUCCUCGCAAAGAGUCCAAAUUCUUUCUCUACAAGGAACCUGAUCAUAUUGCAAAGGUUGAUCAGGCUUGCAUCAACCUUCAAACUACCGUCCUCGAAGAACGUCGCAAGCAAGAGAUUGAGCAGUAUAAAUUGGCUAGAGAGUUAAAGCAUCAAAGAACCAAACCUUUAGGCGUUUGA